AUGAAACACAAUAGAUUAAAAGGGAUUAAGAUAGGCAAAAGAAUUGUAGUGGGAACCUAUGCUUUUCCACUCAAUCCUUCGGAGAAAAAGAGAUACGGUUCCAUGACCCAUAGAUGGGUUUGUAUUUUAAGGUCUCUGGAUGACGAAAAUAUGGCACAUUACGUCAAAAGGGUCCAGUUUGAUCUCGACCCUUCAUUCCUAAAUCCUAAAAGAGUCUUCACAUCAAUUCCAUACGAAGUUACUGAAGUUGGUUGGGGAGAAUUUUAUAUCGGAGUGAAGAUAUUUUUUGUGGAUGAAUCCUUGGAACCAGUGACUCUCCAACACCUUUUGAGGCUAAAUUCUGGCGACGGAUCAAACGUCAUUACUACUGCAGUGAAUGAAACCUUUGACGAGAUCAUAUUUAACGAGCCUCAUGAGUGGUUCUACGACACUCUUAUCAGGAGCUCCUGUGAUAAACUCCCACCUAGUAAAUAUAGGGACUACUUUUGGAACUUUGACCAGAAGGAGAAGGAGACUGUUUGCAGAUACAUUUGCAGUCAGUCCUACUUCCAAAACGAAACCUACCGGUUACUUGCUGAGGCUUCUGAACUCUGCAAGCAGAUCCAACAGCUUCAGGAACAGUAUUACUUAUUAGAAAACAAAUCUCCCGGGGUUCUUUUAAAGGAUAAACCGUUUAACAGUAUGUUUUAA